AUGAAGCUCGGCGGACGGCUGGCGAUGCUGAUGGAUACGGCCGAGCGCCGCAACAUCUCGGCGGCUAUCGUCGACUUGGCCGGCGGCAGUCUCGCCAGUGCCAGGGUAGAGCGUCCAACACGGCAGGUCAAAGGGCAAGAUGCAAUUGACAUGCAUACAGGCGCCCAUCGUACGGACCCCCAAGAUGCGUGGAUCUCGCGAGGUACAUUGGGCGCAAGUACCGUUUGUCGUUGUCUGUUUGCGUACCUUGCUGCACUCCGCACCACGCUCCAGCGGGCUCGCGAGCUGAAGCCGUGCUGGCCGACCGUCCUAGACCGUGGUGUGCGUGCGGUGGUUCCAGCCUCCGUCUCGGCCACACAGGCGGCUGCGCGCUACACCCUCCCUGGCGGGCUGUCCCCUCAGCUAGCAGAGGCAGAGGCUGAAGCCAUCGCGAAACCGACGGCCGUGGCUGCGGGCUAG